CGUUGCGCUACAUCUCUGCAGACACAAGAGGUAAAGACGUACCCUGAAAAACUGAAGACACUAUCAUUUUGGAUUGACUGGCGUUUGUGUUGUCACUCAUUGCAGGAUGUUCCGCUUGCGGGCGUUGUCUGCAGUUUCAGUGGGACUAGUGCAGUUGUCCCGGCGCUACCACAGUGGGGCAGUGCGUGUGUCUGGCCGGAGGAGGCUGAUGCUGGCAGCCCUGGCUGGUGUAACUGGUGUUUCUGCUAGUGCUGGGCUUCUCUGGAAAAGAGCAUAUGCGGAUGCAGGGCCAUCCGUUCGACACUCCGAGCAACCAGGUGGACAGGAAGCGGAUUUUGUGAGGGAUACAGACUCUGAGACGGAGUCAGAGAAAUCGGUAGAGGCCACAAGUGGAGAUAACGAAACGAAGGAUGAAGCUGGAGAGGGGAAGAAAAAGAAGCCACGUUCUGGAUUCCGUGACCGCAAGGUGAUGGAGUAUGAGAACAGGAUAAGGGCCUACUCGACUCCGGACAAGAUUUUCCGCUACUUUGCCACGCUGAAGGUCAUCGGCGAGCAUGGAGAUGCUGAGGUUUACAUGACACCUCAGGACUUCAUACGCUCCAUCACACCUAAUGAGAAACAGCCUGAGAAUCUAGGCCUCGAUCAGUUCAUUGUGAAGCGCUAUGAUGGCAAGGACUUCUGGCAGACGGAGAAGAUCGCCCAGGAGAGGGAGAAGUUUGCAGACGAGGACAGCAUAUUUUACGCACUGGGAGAAUGUGGCCUCAUCUCCUUUUCUGACUAUAUCUUCCUUACCACUGUGCUGUCCACUCCCCAGAGGAAUUUUGAAAUUGCUUUCAAGAUGUUUGAUCUCAACGGCGAUGGAGAGGUGGACCUGGAGGAGUUUGAACAGGUUCAGAGCAUCAUACGUUCCCAGACCAGCAUGGGCAUGCGACACCGUGACCGCUCCACCACAGGAAACACCCUGAAGACAGCCGGCUGCAGCUCUGCUCUCACCACCUACUUCUUUGGAGAAGACCUGAAGGGAAAACUCACCAUCGGCAGUUUCCUGGAGUUUCAGAGGAAACUACAGCACGAUGUGCUCAAACUAGAGUUUGAGAGGAAUGAUCCUGUGGACGGCAGAAUCACUGAGAGACAGUUUGGAGGUAUGUUGCUGGCCUACAGUGGUGUCCAGUCUCGUAAACUCAAGCAGAUGCAGAAGGGACUGACGAAGAUGUUUAAGGAUGCACAGGGCAUCACAUUUGAAGAGGUGGAGAAUUUCUUUACUUUCCUAAAGAACGUGAAUGACGUGGACACAGCCCUGAGUUUCUACCACAUGGCUGGAGCCUCCAUAGAUAAAGUUACCAUGAAGCAGGUGGCUCGCACCGUGGCCAAGGUUGAGCUGUCGGACCAUGUGUGCGAUGUGGUGUUCGCUCUGUUCGACUGUGAUGGGAACGGAGAGCUUAGUAAUAAGGAGUUCAUAGCCAUUAUGAAGCAGCGGCUGAUGCGUGGGCUGGAGAAACCCAAGGACAUGGGCUUCACUCGGCUGGUGCGUGCCAUGUGGAAGUGUGCCCAGGAUACCGCCUGGGACUUCGCCACACCAAAGACAUAAUGGAGACAGGAGACGACGUGUGAGUGAGACAGUAAGACGGCGUGUGAAUAAAGCAACAACACAUCCAAGCAUCAUCAGCAUUCACCUUCAAUAGAACUUAAAUGGACAAUUAAUGCAAUGAACUCAUUAGGACUGCAGCCCAGUGGGGCAUCAUCGAUCAUUAACACAUGUCGCUGUAGUUCAAGCUAUCAGUACAGUGACUGAAGCAUGCUGACACAGCACUGUGUGUCCUGAAAGGCUUCUCUAGUGUGCCUCUCCAAGGCAUUGUGAGCAUUUGUAUAUUUUCAAAUAUACAAUCAAACUUGAGUGUAUGUGUAUUUGUGCCAUAUAUUCUAUAGAGGAAUGCAGUGUCAACGCUAAAAGUGGCACUUUUAUAUCUGCAUUUAACAUGUUUUACUGCAAAAGGCAAGACAAGAAGUGGAAUCGAUCUAAUUUGACCUUCAGCUGCAUUAAUGCCUCAGUAUGUCCUUUCUACACUGAUGGCAGACCCUUAAUUAUUUCUUUGGUGGGACAGAAAGCAGACGUCUGUAAUCUUGUUAGUACCUCUUCAUUCAGUCCGCUAGCUCUAGGUGCAACUUUUUUUUUUCUUUUUUCUUUUUUUUUUUUGGCCCGUAGAAGAUCAAUGAUGUUUGUCUUGCUCUGCAAUGUACUGUUCAAAGUGUGUAUUCUUCCAAUUAUUAUUGCUCACUGAAACACUUUAUAUAAGAUGGAUGGUAAAAGAAAUGCUCUAUUAAAGAUGUUUUAAUAAU